AUGAACGGAGAAGAAGCAAAGGCAAUGGGGGCAGUUGGGGCAGCAGGGCGCAGAGGGGAAGCGCCCGUUGUUUUCAGCGCGGAACAGGCGCUCGGAGGAAAAAGACCGGCCAUUGAGGUGAUCAAACUCGCAGGCGAUGACUCGAGGCUCUGCUGCCGCCCGCUUGAUGCUCAACAAUUGCGCGCAGACCUGAUGGCCAUCGCGCGUUGA